AAUCACAUUUGUAGCACAUAUGAACUGCACUCUGCAUGCUAUGGAACGUUAUUGCACUACGGGCUAUAAAAACGGUUUAAAGGUGACCUUUCCAUUGUGAAAGGGUUGUGUUGUAACAGUGUAACAGACUGGAGGAGUUUAAAUAAUCUCAGGAAGGUAUUUAAAAAGUGUUCAAAGGUAAAACAGAUACUAUAAAUAAUUUACAUAUGUUAGUAGUGCAACAAUGUGAUCCGGUGUUGGGGUAGCUAAGUAUGACUUUGCAAGCUACCAAUUACUCAAAACUGGAAAAAGUUGAAGUAAAGCAAAGCUACAAUAUGACAAUAUAAAUGCGAUAUGAAACUAUAACAAAAUAUAACAAAAACAAUUCGAUUCAAAACGUUAAACACUGACGGAAAAUGUUUUAGCAUCCUGGAAUACACCUGAGGUCUAAAUCUGUCCUAAAAAGACAAUCCCAUUUGGGCUUUUCACGUGGACCAAAUUGGCUUUUUUCACAGCAGUCAUUUUGACAUGAAAUACUAGGGUGUAAACAGGUGUUAUCAAUGAUACUAAUGAGGAUCCAUUCCAUUUAUUGUAGCAGAGCCUUUCCAGUGACUAUUUGACCUUGAAUGGAACAGAACCUAAAUGAGGAUCAUUGGUAACACCUGUGAUUACCCUACUAUUUCAUGUCAAAGUUGCUGCUGUGAAAAAGUUGAGGCCAUGCAGGCCUAUGUAGACGCUGGUCUUACCACAUUUGAUAUGGCAGACAUUUAUGGGCCAGCAGAGGAAAUAUUUGGACACUUCAACAGCCAGCUGAAGAGCCGAUCCUCUGGGAAUGACAGCCCAGCUCUGCAGAGUCUGACCAAAUACGUGCCGAGACCAGGACCAAUGGACCGCAAGGUGGUGGAGAAGGCGCUGCAGCGCUCCAUGACCCGCAUGCAGGUGGGCAGUCUGGACUGUGUCCAGUUCCACUGGUGGGACUAUAGAGACAAAAGAUACCUGGAUGCCCUGGGACACCUAUCCGACCUGCAGCAGGAGGGACUUAUACGUGAGCUCUCCCUCACUAACUUCAACACUCAGAGGCUGGAGGAGAUCACCAACAGAGGCAUCCGCAUCUCAAGCAACCAGGUUCAGUACUCUGUGAUUGACCAGCGACCUGCAGCAAAGAUGGAGCAGUUCUGUCUGGCUAACAACAUUCAGCUGCUCACUUACGGCACUCUGGCUGGCGGUCUACUCUCGGAGCGCUAUCUUGGGAAGGUGGAGCCUGGUUCCAGGGCGGACCUUUACACCGCCUCUCUCUCGAAGUACAAGAACAUGAUCGACACUUGGGGUGGAUGGAACCUUUUCCAGGACCUCCUUGUCGCCUUGGAGACCGUUGCCAAGAGACACGACUGCUCAGUGGCCAGCGUGGCAACGCGCUAUGUGCUGGAUCGCCCUGCGGUGGGCGGGGUCAUUGUGGGCUGUCGGCUGGGCGUCGCAGGGGCGGGGCAACACAUCAGUGACAGUCUGCGUAGCUGCAGCCCUGACCUGAAGCUGACGGCGGAAGAUCUUACCGCCAUUGAAGCAGUGACACGACGCUCCAGGGACCUCAUGGCGCUCAUCGGGGACUGCGGGGAAGAGUACAGGAGUUAAUGGGGCUGGGUGGGGAAGGACUGACUGACUGGAUGUGACAGAAGGGGUGAGGAGGAGUAAACAAAAAAAGACAGUAGAAACAUCUCACACAGAAAAGCCCCAUGGUAGAAAAGAAUAAAAGGGUUAGGGUUUGGAAAUUUCCUGUUCCUUUUGUACAACUGAAGAUUGUGUCUCAUACAAAGUGCAGUUAUUUUACCUGCUGAAUAUUUGAUGCUGUUAAACAGAUUGAACACUUUAUGCUCACACUGCUUAAGUGCUUUUUAAUGUGGGGGAGAAGCUUCUCAUUCAGGCUUGAAGACAGUUUCACUGAGAUGCACAAACACACAGUAAUCAGUGUUUGCAUUUAAGUGUCAGAAGUCUUUCAGUUACAUAAUUAAGACAAAGUUUAGUAUCUCUUUCUCAGUUGUCAUUUUAAGCUGUGAUAUUAUUCUAUAUUGUGUACAUAAUUACAUAUGGGAAUCUGAGCUUUAAAAUCACCUCAAGGAGUGUGUUGUAAAGCUAAAUAAUACAACUUAUUUUAAUCAUUGUUGGUCUUUUUUGGGUUCUUAUUUAUUAAAGGAUCAUUUCACCUAAAUCACAAAUCUUUUCUUACUAAACUCUUGUGGUAUUUUGCAAUGCAUGAAGAAGACCAUUAUACUUUACUAAGCGAGACAUUGUACCUGCAAAGAAAUGUUGAGUUUUUCUCAUGUCGUUGUCUCAGCUGUAGAUAUAUCUCAAAAUAUAUGUAUACUUUUGUAACUGACCCUUUAAAAUUAUAUCAUGAGACAAUGUACUGUA